GUCUGUUGAAGGGUGAGGCCCCCGAUGAGUAAGUAUACUACAUAGGUACCGCGCCACACUAGCAUUGCAGUAGUGCAACACAUUCGCCACUUUCAACUAGGCAACGAACCUCAGCAAACAUGACUGAUGCAGUUUAGUCACUAUUGACGUGUCUGCCUUGUUGAAGCAUUAUAUAAGCCCUAUGGCGACAAAAAAUCAAGAGACAAGGCACUAGGAUUCAUGUUGCGCCAUCUCUAGCCGUGAAAAAUCUUCUCAUCAACAGCCGGCUUACAGACCACAAAUCUGUACUGCAAACGAGAGAUCCAGUCAUGUCUUCUCUCCCACUACCGCGAGAAGCUACAAAACUACUGAAACCAGCCUAUCUACAUAUCUUCAGCCUUGUACAGAAUACCGUCGACCUCGACCCUCUUACGCUGGUGAACAUUGGCAUUUUCUUAGCGGGGUUAUUUACUUUUCUGCGGUAUAUUUUUACCCGCGUGAUUGUGUUAUGGACGACAGUACGAAUCAACGACGAUGACCCGCUUUAUGGAUAUUUGAUGCGAUGGAUGGCAGAUCAUCAGUUCAUGAAUCGUCAGUUUCGAAGCGUCAAGGCUGUCAGCUCCUCGAGAAGUUCGUGGGAGGAUGAAGAGGAGGCGCUAAAGUCGAUGAUUGGGAUUGGUGGGGACAAGGAACUGUCUGAGCCAGACCCCAAUAAUUUGAUCAGCUAUCGAUCCAUCGUCGGUCGUACCCCUGUCAGUCUUCAGCCGUUCCAGGGAACCCAUGUGUUCCGUCGCCACGGGAGUUGGCUGCUUUUCCAGCAUAAAGUGCAUCAAGGCAAUGAGCUAGUACAACUGCCCAAAGAGAGGGGUUAUCUUCAGCUCAAAUGUCUCGGCUCCUCAUUCGUGCCGGUCCAGUGUCUGUUGGAGGAAGCACAGCUUUACAAUCUCGAAAGAACAAAGACGACUACAACUAUUCAUAGAGCUAUUGCAAACGUGCGCGAUCAUGUCCGUUGGACGCAGUUUAGCAGCAGGCCAUCUCGCGAUAUAUCAACUGUAAUUUUCGAUAAAAAAGCAAAGCAUGAGCUGCUGAAAGAUAUCAAUGAAUAUUUACACCCACAUACAAGACGAUGGUAUUCCAACCACGGAAUCCCAUAUCGACGAGGCUAUUUAUUUUCUGGUGCACCAGGCACUGGAAAGACGAGCUUGACAUCAGCAUUGGCGGGCAUAUUUGGACUAGAUAUCUACGUUCUUAGUUUACUAGACCCGAACAUGAACGAAUCCCAACUCAUGCGGCUCAUGUCAGAGGUACCGUCGCGAUGUAUUGUGCUGCUAGAAGACGUCGAUGCUGCAGGACUCAACCGCCGGGAAAGCGAGCCGAGAACAAGACAAACUCGAAGGAACAAGGGUGAUCAGUCAGCCGAAGCAGAUGUAGUCAAUAUGAUCCAAGGAUCUACGGGAGCAAGCUUGAAUAACAGCGCUAAUUCUGCAGCCACGUCUGUCUCGCUCUCGGGCCUGCUCAAUGCAAUUGAUGGUGUAUCGUCGCAGGAAGGACGCAUUCUCAUCAUGACAACGAAUUCUCCCGAAUCAUUGGACAAGGCUCUAGUUCGGCCCGGACGAGUCGACAUGCAUAUCCGUUUUGAGCUACCCUCGCGUGAAGAAAUGCAGGAAUUGUUCCUAUCAAUGUACAGAGAGGACAUACCCGCAUUGACUAGAGCUGUUGAGAAGAGCCAGCAGAGAGAGAAAUAUCCAGACCUAGACACCCUCGCAGAGAAAUUCGCUACUGCUAUUCCAGAAAAACAACUUAGCCUUGCCACGUUGCAAGGCUUUCUUCUGCAAUUUAAGAAGAAUCCAACGGAGGCAUGCGAGACGGCUGCCAAAUGGGCUGAACAAACCAUCAAGAGAAUUGCCGAGGAGGAUGAACAGCGAGAAGCGAUGAAGGAGCGUUCGUAAUUACCAUUCUCUGCCCGAAGAUACCCGGAGAAGACCUUUACAGACAAAGAUAUUAUUAUAAAAUAGUUAAGCGUGUCAAGUGACGAUUGAUAAUGAAUAUAACCCAAAAGUCUUUGUAACGUUCAUCAAAUCGGCAUUGGAAUAAAGCACAAGUCUUCAUUUUGUUUUAUCUGUUUAUAAACUGAAAUAAUUAUAUAUUAAGUACAUUCGAUUUAUUAGAAGUUGAUAUCAAAAAAAGUGCUCUGGAAGAGAGAAUGAGUUGCACCUCUCUCGAAACUUGACAGACCAGACACUGAUAGGCAUGAAAUGAAAAAGAAAA